AAAGGCUGUUCAAUCACGGAGCACCUAUCAGCUGCUUGAUUCCGCAAUGCUGUCCAUCAGGAAAAGUAAUUAGUGCUUUUAUUAUGUAUGGAAACGGCUGCCUGUCAUUGAAUGUUCAUUGUGAAUAGCUUCUCCCAUUCCCUUGUCAGUGCUUUCCAGAGGCACUGGCAAGCUGACUGGACUAUAGCCUUUUUGCAGGGACACGACUGUCUGCACUCCUUGCACUUUAUAAAAAAGAAACGGAAAGAGGAAAAAGGUGCACAUCAGUAACGCAGAAGAAAAAAAAAAAAAAACCGAGUGAAUUCCUGAAGAAUGUGGGAAAAGUUUAAAGAGAACUGUAGGCAGAAAUGUGACAAUGAUCCCAGUCUUGUGCUGAAUUCAUUCUGUCCUUAUAACCAAAUCCUUGCUGGAACUGCUAUCGAUUUUAUCCACCGUGAACCGGAAUUUUGACAUUAAAGCCAAGUAAUCUCCAAAAUCAAAAACAGAGUGGAAAUGCGUCCCUCAAUACACGUUUAUUAUGAACCGAUGAAUAAGAAAGAAGUAACAUUAUGAAAAAGAAUUUUCAUAUAAGGCCAUUUGCUGUUGAUCAUCGCCCCUCACAUUUUUAGGAUCUCAAGAGAAGGAAGAAUAUGGAAGCAAAUUCAACAUCUUUGAACAACUCUAAUGGGACAGUCCCGCUGAAAGCUCUCAGUCUGUGGGAGGUUAUCACCAUUGCUACAGUUAGUGCCAUCGUUAGCUUGAUCACCAUUGUUGGAAACAUCCUUGUUAUGGUUUCAUUUAAAGUCAACAGUCAGCUAAAGACAGUGAAUAAUUAUUAUCUCUUGAGCUUAGCUUGUGCUGACCUCAUCAUUGGGAUCUUCUCUAUGAAUCUCUACACCUCCUAUAUUCUGAUAGGGCAUUGGUCCCUAGGCAGCCUUGCUUGUGAUUUAUGGCUUGCUUUGGAUUAUGUGGCCAGCAAUGCAUCUGUAAUGAAUCUUUUAGUAAUUAGCUUUGAUAGGUACUUCUCUAUUACAAGACCUUUAACCUACAGAGCAAAACGCACACCUAAGAGGGCUGGGUUCAUGAUUGGUUUGGCCUGGUUUAUUUCUUUCAUCUUGUGGGCUCCAGCUAUCCUAUGCUGGCAAUACUUUGUAGGAGAACGCACAGUACCCCCAGAGGAAUGUCAAAUCCAGUUCCUUUAUGAACCGAUAAUUACCUUUGGAACUGCCAUUGCUGCCUUCUACCUUCCUGUUUCUGUUAUGACUAUACUUUACUGUCGUAUCUAUAAGGAAACAGAAAAGCGCACCAAAGAUUUGGCUGAGCUGCAAGGCUCUGAAUCUGUUGCUGACUUUGAAAUGAUGAGACCACAAGGAGCUCUUCUCAAGUCAUGUUUCAGUUGCAAGCAGCAAACACGCACCAAAAGGGAGAGGUGCCAGGCAUCAUGGUCCUCUUCCAGUCGCAGCACCACUACUACUCUUAAAAUAGCCCAGAGCCCUAAUACUUGUAAUGAGUGGAUUAAAGAAGAUCAGUUGACCACAUGCAGUAGCUACCCGUCCUCGGAUGAUGAGGACAAGCAAACCAAGGAAGCUGUUUUCCAAGGUGCCUAUGAGAACCAAGCUGAAGCUCAGAAGGAGGAAGAGACCAAGCAGAUACUUACAAAAGAGCAGCCAGGGCUGAGUAAUUAUGAAAGUGAGCGGUUCUUUUUAACACCCGGCAAAGGUCACUCACAGAAAAGUCAAAAGUGUGUCUCUUAUAAGUUCAGGAUUGUGGUUAAUGAUGAUGGCUCCCAGGAGGUCAAUAACGGCUGCCGGAAAGUAAAAAUCACUCCAUGUUCCUCCAUGUCCAAAGGUCACUCACUGCGAAGCAUGGACCCCAACCUCAACCAUCAGAUCACCAAGCGCAAGAGGAUGGUUUUAAUCAAGGAGCGCAAAGCAGCGCAGACACUAAGUGCCAUUUUAUUAGCAUUUAUCAUUACCUGGACUCCUUAUAACAUCAUGGUUCUGGUUUCUACCUUCUGUUCUGACUGUAUCCCCUCAUCUCUGUGGCAUCUAGGCUACUGGUUGUGCUAUGUCAACAGCACAGUGAACCCUAUCUGUUAUGCUUUGUGCAACAAAACCUUUAGGAAAACUUUUAAAAUGCUGCUUCUCUGCCAGUGGAGGAAAAAAAAUGUAGAGGAAAAAUUAUACUGGUAUGGGCAGCAUCCGCCCUGUCACAACAAGUUGCCCUGAGGAUGGUGGAACUCUUCGUAGCAAAGAUGAUCACAGUCCUCACAUUGUGUUGGCAUGGGGAUUUUAAUCCAGCUCAGUGUGAAUAUCUUUUUAAAGCUGUACUGUGGAGUGUCAGUCUCAAUCUUUAUCUGUGUUUGGGUCCAUCUGUACAAGAUCAUGAAGGGUGGUAAUCUCUCAGAUGUGGAACGUUGCCCACCAAAACUAUUAGCUAUAUUAAUGUUGCAAACAGGAUAACUGAUGCUUAGUAACAGUGCCCUCAUUUUGCAACCAGACGAUGCUGCAUGCUGAAAGUUCUAAGUGUUUUUCCAGAGAGCAGGGAUCUGGAAAAGUACACACCAUGACCAGAACUGAACUUUUCAGAAAUAAAGUUCCAGCCUUUCUUUUUAUAGUUAGAAAGCUUAUAAAUUGUUACCACGUUACUGUGCAGACAAUUGGGAUUAGUCCUCGUGAGUGCUAUACAUGAUAUGCUGCUUUUGGUAUGAUAAAUUCGUAAUAUUUGAUGUUGUGCAUAACUCUCUUCAGAAAUAAACUCCAAGUGGUGAUCAGGAGAAAAAGUUUAAAUGUAAUGUGAAGUAGGCUGUACGUAAUGAAGAUGUUCUAGUGAAAAAAAAAAACCCAGAAACAUUACCAUUUUCUUGUACAGUGGGAAGUGAUACGCUUGUAACUGUCCAGUGAAACUUUCAUGUGAAAUCGUUUUGCUGAUCUCCGUGUUUAAUUGUCCAGCCCUUUACUUUCUCUGGGCCAUGAAGAGAUCAUGAUCGCUUAGAGGAUGUCCAAGUAAUUAUAACUUGCCAACAUGAAGGUCAGGGAACAAUUCAGAAUUAAUAAUUUACAGUUCUGUUUCUGACAUAUACAUAUCUAACAGAUAAAGAGACAUUUAAAAUUCUAAAAAAUAUGGACAGGGACAGAAAGCAAGUUGUCAACAUUCCUAACUGGAAAACUGAACAUUUUAGGCCAAAAGUGACCUUUUAACAGAUGGAAAAUCAUUUUAAUGUUUUAAAACAGAAGUGAAAAAGUAAAUCUUCAUUCAUUCAAAAAUUGUGGGGGGAAACAUAAGUAUCCAAGGUUUAGACAGUCAGUUACCGAAAUAUUAUUUCAAAUGGGUUAUGAUUUCUCUUCUAUGAAUUUAUACAUUUAUUGGAAGGUCAUAGUAGUUUACCAUCUGGGGAUAUUCGUUGUUAAAGCAAUUGUUGAAGCAGUAGAUGAUCUGUUCAACCUUUUUCACGUUUACUCACCAGGGGGAAAAAAAAAUUGUUCUUUUUUUGUCCAAAUCUUGUUGAAAAUUGUUUUCUUGUGUUAAAUUGCCUGCGACAAAAAAUUUAAAUACAACAUAUGUGUCCAUUGUGAGAAUUCAUCAAGUGCACGUUGAGAUUUUUUUCCCCCUUUUCCUUUGUGAUGACAAAACCAGAGGUGAAAUGGGAAAGCUGAUUUAAUAGAGAGGGCAAACGUAAUAGCAAAAAAUAGUUUGCCUCGAUUUUAUAUAUGUUAAAAAUGUGGCCUCUGGAAAAAAAAAUACUCGUAAUGGAAUUUAGGGGAAUGAAAAAACUUGACCUUUUAGACCUUUUUUCGGCUUGACAUUAAACAUGGGUCUAACCCUUAAGCAGAACGUGGGAGUAUUUUUGUUCCUUUUAAACCAGCCCCAUUGGAUUUUCACACUGGUCGUCCAAUCAAGAUAAAUCCUACUUAUGUCUACAGUUCCUUUGGAGAAAGUAUUUGUUCUGAAGGCAUUUCAGAAGAUUUAGCCAACAACUCAUUAAACCAUUUAAUCUAGGCAAUUUAAUGCAAGACGACCAGGCAUCUGCCAUGUUUGUUUCGUAAUUCAAGUAACAAGGAAACAAUUUUUUUAUUAGAUAAACAAAGUGUCAUCAAAGGAAAGAUGUUGUUUUGAGAAUAGGUUGUGUUGCCUCUUGAAUUGGGCCAUGUUGUGAAUCCUUUCCAAAAAUUAAGCACCUGCUGUUUUUAGGAGAUUCUGGCACUAAUGUUUUAAUAAAGAUUAUAAAAUUCAGCAAAAAAGUUUCUUAUAGAAAAACAGCAUUGCUUUAACGUCUCAGUUUUUUUGCAAUUUUUUUUUAUUUCCCAGAUAUGAAUUAUUUCAUUGUAAGGGCUCUUAUAUUCUUCAGCAGCAAAGUCCAACUAUACAAAAGAGAAAGUACAAACAGGGCUCUACAAUAAGAGACUAAGGGACUGGAAUUGACCCUCUAUCAGAUGCUUGUCUUAAGGUGGCCAUACACGAUAAGAUCACUCAUUUGGUGAUGUUGUCAAACCAGUGGAUCUUUCCCCGAUAUGUCCACUAACAGCAGGGCAAUUUGGGAUUAAUCCGAAUGUUCGGUUCUAGGGCCGGACAAUUGUAUUACAGUGAAGAGAAUGGGUGCCGACGGGCAGGGCAGCCAUCAGGGGGGACAGGGGGGAGAGUUGUAGGGGGCCCCGAGGGUAAGGGGGGCCCUGGCCACG